CCGCCCGGAACGCGGAGGACGCGGCGGACGCGGCGGCGAUCGGGGCGCGAUUUGCUCUAUGGCAGACUGACCUAAGAUGGCUGGGUCUUUAUUCGAGUAAGUCACCGAUGCCAGCCCAGAAAGUCACCACUCGGAAUGCAAGCUGGAUAUUCAAGACGGUUUGCCAGCCUGAGAUGGAAGUUAAAUAAAAAGCAGAUCCUGCCUGAAGAGGCUGUACAACUAUGAAAGGAAUGUGAUUCCUGGAGGUGCAUUUGGUACAGUGCCUGAGACCAUUCAUCCCAGGAGAUAAAAAUGAUUCUCAACUCCUCUACCGAAGAUGGCAUCAGAAGAAUCCAGGAUGACUGCCCAAAAGCUGGGAGACAUGGCUACAUAUUUGUCAUGAUUCCCACCCUCUACAGCAUCAUUUUUGUGGUGGGAAUCUUUGGGAACAGCUUGGUGGUGAUUGUCAUCUACUUUUACAUGAAACUGAAGACGGUGGCCAGUGUUUUCCUUCUGAACCUAGCACUGGCUGACCUGUGCUUUUUGUUGACUUUGCCCCUGUGGGCUGUCUACACAGCGAUGGAAUACCGCUGGCCCUUCGGCAACUACUUGUGCAAGAUCGCCUCCGCCAGUGUGAGUUUCAACCUCUAUGCCAGUGUGUUUCUGCUCACGUGUCUGAGCAUCGAUCGCUACCUGGCCAUUGUGCACCCCAUGAAGUCACGCCUCCGCCGUACCAUGCUGGUGGCCAAAAUCACCUGCAUUGUUAUUUGGCUACUGGCUGGCUUGGCUAGCUUACCUUCUGUCAUCCACCGAAAUGUCUACUUCAUCGAGAACACCAAUAUCACCGUGUGUGCUUUCCACUACGAGUCUCAAAACUCCACCGUCCCCAUAGGACUAGGCCUGACCAAAAAUAUCCUGGGCUUCACAUUCCCCUUUCUGAUCAUUCUGACCAGUUAUACCCUGAUCUGGAAAGCGCUGAAGAGGGCCUAUGAAAUCCAGAAGAACAAGCCGAGGAACGACGACAUUUUUAAGAUCAUCAUGGCGAUCGUGCUUUUCUUUUUCUUUUCCUGGGUGCCGCACCAGAUCUUCACCUUUCUGGAUGUGCUGAUCCAGCUGGGUGUCAUCCGUGACUGCACAGUCUCCGACGUUGUGGACACUGCCCUGCCCAUCACCAUUUGCUUAGCUUAUUUUAACAACUGCUUGAAUCCCCUCUUCUACGGUUUUCUGGGGAAAAAGUUUAAAAAGUAUUUCCUCCAGCUUCUGAAAUAUAUUCCCCCGAAGGCCAAAUCCCACUCAACUCUCUCUACAAAGAUGAGCACACUUUCCUACCGUCCUUCAGAUCACCUGGGCUCUUCUACCAAGAAGCCAGCCCCGGGCUUUGAGGUAGAGUGAGGCUGACAAAGCCAGUCUGUGAAGAGACCCAAAGAAAGGACCAGGAAGAAGGACCCAGAGAAACAUUCCUCCCAGGUACCCUGACACCAAAGGAGUAGCAACCGCCUGGAUUUAAGCAGAAAAUGGAUCAAGAAAGUUCCAGCUACUUCUCUAAAGCUCUGAAUAAAAGCUUUCCUCUCUGCCUUUGCAUCAAAACAAAGCCACAGUUGGCCACGAUUCCAAUGGCAUCCCUGAUGGCCAUUCAAAGAAUGAUGUCAGAAACUGGUGGCUGGUGUGGACCUUGAAGAUCCCACUGGCAGCAAUGCAUUCUCCCCAAACUCCCCUGCCCACAUGCACACCACCAGCUCUUCAUGUUCUGUCAGUUUUGACUUCCACAAAAAGGCACAGAACUAGCAGCAGGACAGACGUUCAAGGUCAUUCUGCUUAGCUUGCAAAAGGCAGCAAAGUGUUCGUGUCUGCUUACCUGUCAGAGACUGUGGCCCAGUUGCACUUCUUACUGUAUAUUCUGUACAAAGAUUUCCUAUGUUGGAAUUGUCGAGUUUCUGAACCUUCGUGAAUUCAGCCAGUGUCUUAAGCAGGCACACUGCCGACCGUAGCAAAAUGGUCACUUGUCUCAUGGUGUUCCUAAAGUCUCACGUGAAAGCUAAACUUGUAAAGCUAUUAUCUGUAUUGUACAAUUGUGGCUUGCCAGUCAUGUCCGUUUGCCUUAGUCCAUACCUGAGAAAUGUAUAUAGUUUGUGGUACAAAGAUUGUAUAUCAUAAAAUAUGCUUUAUGACUUUAAAAAAACUAUCAAAAGAGUAUCUUUACUGUUGGAGAAAAGUACGUGGUCUACAUGUAUAUGUAUAUCCCUAAACCGGGGUCAUUUGAUUUAAAUCUGACAAAGUUGUAUUUCCCUUGAAAUAAAGUAAUUUUAUUGCAAUGUA